AUGUCGUCCUAUUCGAGGAGAGGAGGCGACCCGCCUUCUCAGCGGAGGAUUUUGCGGACGCAAACGGCGGGAAACCUGGGAGAGUCUAUCUUUGACAGUGAAGUUGUGCCGUCGUCACUUUCAGAUAUUGCCCCCAUCCUCCGGGUCGCCAAUGACGUGGAGUCCGGCAACCCGCGAGUCGCCUACUUAUGUAAGUACACGCUGAGGCUCGGAGGAUAUCUGCCCCUUUUCUCUCUUCUCCUCUUCCCUGGCCUGUGGAGAAGUUCAAGUCAUGCUGCGUUGCUUGUUAUAGAGUUUGUGAUUAGUGUUGUGGCUUAUCCUGUACGUUUUCCCGUUUCAAGGAGGGAAGGGACGUUUGUGAUUCGAAGCUAUUGAAAAUUAGUUAGUUGGCCUAUCUAAACGUGUAAUAUGCCAUUCGCGAGGGCAAUGGUAGUGGAUUGCUCAGCCUCGAUACAAGUUAAUCACUCUCAUCAUUAGCGGACUGUUCAGACUCAUUUGUGUGUGCGUGGUGUCUGUAUGCUCUCAUUGAUAGAAAUUGAAAAUUCAGAAGUUGCACAUAUCCUCCAAGAUUGGUAUUUUAAUAGUGCAUCCUGAAGUUAGUGUCAUGCACACUACACACAUCCUCACUGUUCCAUAAUUUUUUGCCUUACAUGCUGUACUGGCGAAGAAUCAUAUCUCAGAGUGAGGCCCUAGCCAUCAUUGGCCCGGUAUGUUUUGUUCAUGCUUUCUUGAAGGCAGGGGCCCAGUCAUUGUUGUUCCUAUGGAUUGAAAGUGGGAUGCCUUUUCUUCUCUUUCCAUUUUUCUCAUUUAAGUGGUGAACACAGAUCCAUAUCCGUAUUGCUUAUGAAAUGUUCAAAGUAUACCAAUAUAUCGAAGCAUUAGAUACGUGACUCCUUUUUCUGAGUCUUUUUAACGUGUCCAAAUUAGUAAGGAACUUUUCUUGAAUUGUGGAAAUUAACAGUUUUUCCUUUCCUUUGUAGCUGCUUCUUGAAGCUAUAUUUAAUGAAAGUUUUACUCACAUAUCGUUAUUUUCAUUUACUUGUCAUCAUUACGUUAAGUUUGAUGCUGAUUCUUCUUUGGGCCAAACUAGGUCGAUUUUAUGCUUUUGAGAAGGCUCAUAAAUUGGAUCCAACAUCAAGCGGACGUGGUGUACGGCAAUUCAAGACUGCACUUCUACAACGGUUGGAAAGGGUAUCCCUCCUGUAAUUUUUUCACUGUUUCUUUCUAAUUGGGCGGAUGUUUCUUUAUCAUGGUAUUAUUAUUGUACUAACAGGUAGUUUUGCAUUAUAUGUUUGCUAUUUAAAUUUAAAUAUCUUACAAUGGCACCUCAUUGAAUAUGGGAUAUAGUCAUAGUUUUGAAGAACAGGCACAAGACAUUGUAGGCAUGGUAAAUAUUCAAAAUUAACUUGUACAUGCAUAUACAUAAGUGUAUCUAUAUAGAUACACACAUACAUACAUAUAAAUUGUAGGAAAGUGGUGCGUGUUUAUACACACAUGUAUGUGUGUAUUGGAAUUUUCUCAAUUUGUAAAGUUUAAGGUGGAGAUCCAAGUUCACGUGUGUUUAUUUUUGUCAAGAGAAUUGUGUAAGUCCAUUAAAUGAAAUAUUUUGUUGAAUUAAAAGUGAAUAUCGAAUUUCUUAGUGUUUCAUUUGAGGUGUUUUAGUGAUAAGAUUUCAAAAAGCAUACAUUCAACUAGUAUUUCAAUGAAUUCUGUUGAUAUUUGACUUGUAAACAAUUCUCAAUAGGACUACAGUUGGAAGAAUCAAUCUGUAGCUCCAUGGGCGUAGGAAUUCAUUUGUAUUAUCAGAGAGGUUGUGACCCUACCUCCUUUCCCUUGCCACCAGUACACCACUCCUUUUCUUCUCUUCUGCCUUCCCAUUCUCAUUUGGUAGUGUCAAUUUUAUCAAGCAUUUGGCGAUUAUUGCUGGUCAGUUUUCUGCUUCUGUGUGCUAUUAGUUGCCGACUUUGACUCCCAUUGCGAUUGCACCAGGAUUCGAAUCAGGUAUCCGUCCUGACUACACCCUCAGAGAAUAACCAACUCCUGACAGUCCAGAUUUUUCUUUUGUUUCGCUCUUUUGUUCCUCUGGCAUCCUGGUUGCCAUUACUUCCUGGUUCCCAUUACCUUGUGGGAGCCUUCAUAAUCAUCCGUUUUUUUCUGGUACUGUAUCUUUGGAGCAACAAAGUUCUAUUACUGUGGUUCAUGUACCUGAAGGUAGUAAUACAGAACAUUACAUGGGCAUGCAAAUGAUCUACCAGUUAAGUCGGUGGAGCAUGGUGAUCUACCAGUUAAAUAUUAUGACUACUAAGUAUUUUAUUCGAAUGGUCUUUGUAACUCAAGUGGAUUUUAAAAUGAAAGCAUUAGCAGGAUUGUUCUGGAUUGACUUCAGACAUAGAAAUGAUUUGAUAAGAAAACUUAAUGAGGAUGUUUUACAUGAAAAGCAUUAUUUUCUAUGUUCUAGAAGCACAUUUCAAAGCAAGGAAAAGAUCCUGGCAAUUUGCAAAAGGAAAACCGAUAAUUUCGUGAUAAAAAAAUUAGGAGGUAGUUGAUCGUUCAGCAGAUGUCUUUCGGUCCUUUUACUAGGUCUCUUUUUUUGUAGGUCAACCCAUUGUGUCAGUCUGGAUGUAUCCUUCAGUGGUGUUUCCUCACUUAUUUUUCAUUCUAUUUACUUCCUAUAGGUGAGCCAUUUCUUUCAGAUCAUUCUGGUUCUACCACAAGGGAAAUACAGGACGCCUAAUGCAGAGCUUAUAUAAAUAUAGUUUCAAAAUCAAGAGAUACUGGCUCACCUUUCCUUUUCCUCUUGUGAACUUUUUUUUCUUUCCUUUUGGACAGUAUUGGCUCAUUUGGAGAGUGAUGAGUUUUUUUCCCGUACAUGUAGUACAUAACGAAAGUGCAUAUACUAUUUAUCACGUCUUCAUUACUUUGUUGAAGUUCUAUGAUUUCUAUGGUUCAGGAAAAUGAUCCUACCUUGAAGGAAAGGGUGAAACAGAGUGAUGCACGAGAAAUCCAGACUUUCUAUUUCGACUAUUAUAAAAAAUAUAUUCAAGCCCUUCAAAAUGCUGCUGACAAAGCUGAUCGGUUAGUGGCUACAUGCUAAUUUAGCAAAAAUAUUAUGGUCAAAGUUACGCUACUCUUUUUUGUCUAUAUAUAUAAUUAUCACAAUUUUUACGUUGGAUUUGUUCAGUGCGCAACUUACAAAAGCAUACCAGACAGCAACAGUUCUUUUUGAUGUAUUAAAGGCUGUUAGCUCGACUCAGUCUCUUGAAGUCGGUGUUGAGGUACUUCCUAUAAUGUCUCUCUUGCUUCUUGCCGAGUAAAGUUAUCUUUAUUAUAUUGUGCUCUUGGCACUUCUCAUUCCGUGGAUGGGUGUUUUUCUGAUCUUUUGUAUCUGAUGCUUCAUUCUAGAUCUCUGAAAUACACAGUAAGGUUGAAGAGAAAACGAAGCUGUAUGUUCCUUAUAAUAUUCUCCCCCUUGAUCCGGACAGUGCUAAUCAAGCAAUUAUGCAGCAUCCAGAGGUUUGCGUUCCAGUCCGGAAUUUCCUCUCAUUUCUUUCAUUGGAAUCAGCCAAUUAGAAUGGCUUUGUUGUUUCACGACAUCUUGCAGAUUCAGGCCGCUGUUUUGGCACUUCGUAACAUAAGAGGGCUACCAUGGCCCAAGGACCAUGUUAAGAAGGUUGAUGAAGAUAUUCUUGAUUGGCUUCGAGCAAUGUUUGGAUUUCAGGUAAUGAAGCUUUUCCACUGCUUUAUUUGUUUAAUUUCUUUCUUCUUUAUGUAGCUUGGCUUCGACCUUAUAACUUUAGAAUCAUGCAGAAAGACAAUGUUGCUAAUCAAAGAGAACAUCUGAUAUUACUGCUUGCCAAUGUGCACAUACGGCUGCCAAAAUCUGACCAGCAGUCAAAGACCAAGGUUCUCUUUUUCUCGUCAUAUUCCAUGCUUUGUUGUGAUGCAUUGUGCAGAAUCUGUGAGUCUUACGUUGACUUCAUCUUCUGCAGCUGGAUGAACGCGCAUUGAAUGAUGUCAUGAAGAAGUUAUUUAAAAACUACACGAAAUGGUGCAAAUACUUGGGCCGUAAGCGUAGCCUUUGGUGAGUCCUAAAGUUUCUUAUGACCGAUUUCCUCUCUUUGAGGGCUUGGGGUCUUGUCUGUGUAUUUUAUAUCCUUUUUCCAUUAUCUAAACUACUUGGAGCUUCCAAAGAAGAGGGUUAGUUCUGGGUGUUUCUUUAUUCGUUUGUUCUCUAUGUUGUCUAUUUCAUAUGUUUUAUCGAAUUGUAGGCUGCCUACCAUUCAACAGGAAGUGCAUCAGAGGAAACUGUUGUAUAUGGGUCUUUAUCUUCUAAUCUGGGGCGAAGCAGCUAACUUACGAUUUAUGCCAGAAUGUCUUUGUUACAUUUAUCAUCAUGUAAGUUCUCGAAUUUGAUUCGUUCAUGUGGAGACAAUGAUUGUCUAUUCUAAAAACCCAUAUUUUCGGGUUGUUUAUGCUAUCUCUUUAUUAUGCGUCAUAUUGUUGUCCUUUUUCCUUUUCUUGUUUCUCGUCUUUGAUGAUUGGAAUUGUGUUUAUCUCCUGCUAAUUUUUUUUUGAACUGGGAAAUGACAACAAUAAUGCUGAAACUGGGAAUCUCAAUGCUAGUGAAUCAAAAAUCUAUUUUUCUUUGGGUUCUAGACUGAUUCGUUGAAUAUCUAUUUUUUUUGGUUGGUUGUAUCUUUUUUGAAAAUAACAUAAAUACCUUUAAAGUUAGGAAGUCAUAUACUGUUUCAAUAAGUAAUUAACUAUUUGAUGAGAUUAAUGAAAAUAGCAGAAUUGAUCUGCUAAUUCAUGUUGUAAAAAAAUCGGUUCUCUGUCUAUUCUGUGUCAGAAUUCGGAGUGAGUAAGUGGAUUUUAGAUAAGAUAUGGAUUUUGCAGAAUGGGUUACACUAGUUUUCUUUUGGUGCAUGGAACUUCACACUAGAUUUUUGCUGUUUUCAUGUUUUUAUUUUUGAGCAUGUUCUUGCGGAUUGCAAAAUAGAGUGAACUUCACCUAGUUGUUAGUUAGUGGGGGGAAGUGCAUAACCAGUAUCUUUUUGGCUUUAGUUAGUGGUUGUUUCUGUUUCCAUUAGCAUUGGUGUCUCAGACUCAUGGAAGGAAACACCAUAUUACGUUUGUGAGUAGUGUGCACAAGAGGUUCACUCUAUUUCAAUUUUUACCCUUUGUUGUUUCUUCUUGAUGAGGUUUUUUUAUCAUAUUUUUGAAAUAAAAUACGGUGCUAUUCUUCCUCUGGUUCCAUAAUUUUUUGUGGUUUCCAUUUCUUGUCUAUUUUAUUGGUCUUAACCGAGUACCAUUUAUGUUGGAAAUUCUGGAGGAUAUUUCGUCUUGUUACAUCCAUUCUCUUCUAUUUUUUUUGUUUGAUUAUCUUUCUUCGAAAUCUCUUUUAUUUUCCUACACUGAUCAGAUGGCUUUUGAGCUCUAUGGGAUGCUUGCUGGUAAUGUGAGCCCAGUGACUGGUGAGAAUGUAAAGCCUACGUAUGGAGGUGAUGAAGAAGCCUUUUUAAAGAAAGUUGUUACUCCAAUUUAUCAAACGAUUGCAAAGGUGUUCGCUGUGACACCACAUUAUUUAUUCGGUUUGUGUGAUGUUUAGUGUAAUUUCAAUAGAUUGUCACUUUGUAUUUGAUCUAUGUGUUUUAGGAAGCUGAGCGAAGUAAAACAGGAAAAUCAAAACAUUCGCACUGGAGGAACUAUGACGAUUUAAAUGAGUACUUCUGGUGCUGCUGGAGGACUUUUCUGUGAUGAUUUAUAUUUAUUCGACUAUACUAUAUGCAGCACAUAACUUCAUUUAAAUAAUGUAGGUCUGCUGAUUGCUUCUCCCUUGGGUGGCCAAUGCGUGCUGAUGCUGAUUUCUUUUGCCAGCCCCCGAAUGGCGAGAGAAAUGGAGUAAGUAUUCUUGUGUGGGAUUUGAUGGCAUAGUCAUUGUCUGUAAAUUUUACUCCUAUAUUUAUUUCAUUUUUCUGUUUACCUGGAACUUACUGGAUGAUUGAAGAUCAACCGAUUAGUGGAUCUGAUGUAGUGUCAGGGUGAUUCGACCAUAUUUAAAUUACAAGUCUAUCACAUCUUAAAAUUGAAAAGUAUUAUCCUGAACAAUGAGCUCAGAUAAUGAAAAAGGCAAAGGUAUGAUUAUUGAUGUAAAUGAGGCGUGCCUGCCAGAAAUGGUAUGUGACUGAUUGACAAUGGGACCUGUGAUGAUUUAUCGGGGAAAAUGAAUAUGAAGACCGAAAACAACGUUGUGUGUUUCCUGUAUUUUAUUUAGUAAGUUUUAAUUAAUUCUUGUGUUCCGAUCAGUUUCUUCUAUGGUGGACGGAAAGUUUUAUUUUUUGAUUAAUUGUCAAGUGGAUCUGUAAGAAUUCGCAAAUCCGAAUCGGAUAAUUGUUUUUUGAUAAUACCUGCUUCAGUAAAUGUUUCUCUAUUUCGAAAUGUUUCAUAGCCUUGGGUAGUGUAAAAUAGUGGGUUGCUGUAUCUCCUGUUCAUACAUCCUUAGCGGCCUUUAUCCAGGGAUUAGAGUAGUGGAUCUAGCCCCUUAUCAUCAUAGAGGAUUUUGAUUGGCCUGUGGGACAUUCGGAUAUAACAUCCUCCUGCCAAAAUUUGUGUUUUUCUCCUUGUAUAAGUAAUAUGGGAUCAGUACUUUUAACUUUAAUGUCUGUGUGACAUAUUUCUACUCACCAUUAUCGAGCCAUGUUAAGUCUGGUUAUAAUUGUAGAAGGUUCUAAAAGUUGGUUUCUUUGUGGCACUGUUUUCUAUAUGUAGGCAAUUAAACUGUUCUCUCUACCACUGGUAUUUCUUGCCAUGUGCCUUAUUAAAAAAAUAAUGUUCAUAUUCGCAUAUUACAAUAUAAAUUAUUUAGGAAUGUCCCAGUUCUGAGAGGAGUUAUAUGGAGAACAGAAUAUUGAAUAAAUAUUACACUUGAUGCACGUCGUUUAUUUUCUUAAAUACUUGUAUGAAUUGUUUUAAAUGGCAUAAAAUGAAAUUAGUUUGCUGUGAAAAAAGUAACCGCUUUGAAGAUAUUCGUGCAUCAUUUCUUAACCACGUGCAACGUCUUCUAAGAUAGUUCGGAAGUAAAAGUUUUUCUGUUACCAUAUACCGGAAUGCAGUUAGCAUUGUUUUCAUCAUCAACAUCUGUCUCAGUUACUUCGGAUGGGUAAGUAACACAGUUUGAUCUUUUAUUAUUUAGUGGCAUCUCGAUGCAUUCUUGUGCUGUUUUCAUCUUUCGUAUCUGUUAUAGUUUGGCGUAUAUAAUGCUCUUUUUGACCCAAGAAGCUUUUGUGUUUUAUGCCUUUUUCAGGAAAUUAAGUCUCCUCCUAAUGAUCGAUGGACUGGGAAGAUCAAUUUUGUUGAGAUACGCUCAUUUUGGCAUCUAUUUCGGAGCUUUGACAGAAUGUGGAGUUUUUUUAUUUUAUCUUUGCAGGUGAUUGUCUUCCUGAAAUGCUGACAUGUUAUAGUUUUUCUAAUCUUUUAUUGAUGUGUACCUUUUUUCUUUUUAAGGCCAUGAUCAUACUUUCUUGGAACGGUGGCUCACCAAGCGAUUUGUUUGAUGGUAUUGUUUUUAAGAAGAUAUUGAGUAUCUUUAUUACGGCUGCAAUUUUGAAGCUUGCACAAGGUAUCUUCAUAAAUUUUGGGAUAUGUUUUUCCUGUUAUCUUUGACAACAGGGAUUCCAUCAUGUCGUUUAGUUGAAAUUAUAUUUUUAUUUGUUUUUGGAAGAACAACAUUGGUAUGGUUGGAAUAGCAUUCCUCUUGUUGAUCCAGAGAGUGAGCUGUUAUGUUAUGUCAUGUCUUACAUUUCAUGUUCUCUGUUUUUCUGAACACUUUAUUUUGAUAGUUGUUGUUCUGGUAACUGAAGGUUAAAAUACAUGUAUAUCUGUAUGAAGUCUAACAAGCUAUUUGUUGUAUUGUAUGGUAUUUUUCUGUACGGUUUAUAAUUAAUUUAUUAAAGGAGAAAAUUCGCCCAUGAUUUUGACUGAGCUCUUCUAUGAUUCUCGCUCUUCUUUGGUAGGCUCUAGGUGACCCCUAGACUAGAGUAAGAUAAGCGAGUCUCAAUGAGUGUGGCAUGCCUGUUCGAAGAUUUUCCAAUGUGCUGUUCAGAAAAGCGGCUCGAUUAUGAGAGAUGACGAAUGGAUCCCCGGUGGGGAGAGGGGGUGUUAGUGUGGCUGUCUGAGAAGAGACGAGCAGUAGGCAUUCUGGCUGUUUUCAUUGUUGGGUCUGGAGAGGGCUAUGCAAUCGUCAGAUGACCACGGUAUUGGAGAAGGAUGAACAUUUCUGGUUCAUUGAUCUUUGUGUUCAUUUUGCACUGUCGAAUCUACUUCUAACCUGUGCUUACAAGUCUACAGGACUUGAGGGCUCUGGUCAGUUUGACCACCUGGAUUUGAAACCUCAUACUUACCUACUUGGACAGGGGUGUACUGCUCAUUUUCAGCUAGCAGGCAUUAUGACCUUUCAACUGUUCUUCCUACUCUAGAAUGGUGAGAUCGCUAAAACACGGGCCUAUGGUUGGUCUGAUCUCUAGGAACAUGAAGGAGCGGAUUUAGCUGGGGAGACUGAAGAUAUAGUUGGUUGAGACCCAGCUGGGCAUUAUGUGGCCCUUCUUUUGUAUCUCUUUUUCGAUGUUAGAGUGUACCUAUAGAAGAUUAGGUUAGGGAGCGUUUCUAGGUGUUCUAACAGGAAGAGUGCCACAUGAAGAUCUGCAUAUUGCCUGUGACAUUUUGUGCACAAUCAACGGAACUCUAGUCUAGGAGGAAUGGGUUGAUAGAAGUUUCUUGUGUUAGUUUAGUUGCUGGCGAAAGCUGCUCUAGAUGUCCCUGUAGUUGUACUGCGGCAAAUCGUCUGCUUGGUGGCGAAAGAGGAGGAAGAGUUGGAAAAUUUAAUUUUGGAUGGUUUCUAUCUUUUAGGCUGCGUUUCAUUAUUUUUGAUUUUUCUUUAUUGAUGUCGAUCACGGUCGAGUUUCUGACUGGUAAUAAGAGAUAUAGUGAGGUUUUAAUCAUAUUUCUAAUGGCUCACUUUGUCCUAUAUUCGAUAAACUCUAAAAUGUGCUUCAUUCUUAGAAAGCCAUCAUGCUGGAUUUACCCAUAAACUCUUUUAUAUGGACAUUUUCCUGAUUAUUUUUUGUGAAAUGGACUUUAUUCCGGUGACUAAAGAGAACGACUUUGACACUAUCAUGGGUCUUUAGCCUAUAUAAAAUUUGUAUAUAAUUAAAACAUGAAGUUAUUUUUUUAAUUCUUGAUCACUCUAAUUGUGCUUUAUUCUGGGUAUUCCUUUGUCCGAAGUAUGUAGUCAAUAUCGUCUUCUGUUGGUAUGGAGGAUCUAAACCGAAACUAAUUCAGGAAGGCCAGUUCAUACCUGUACCUAAAGAUAACAAAAAGAAUGAAAUAUCUCAAGCCUAUUAGAGAGACAAAAGAUAGUGUAUUGCUUUACAAAACAUGGGAACAAAUCUUUACGAUAGGGAUUUCUGCGGUGUAGUUGUUUUUCUUCUGUUCGUCGUAUUUUUAGUUCCCAUGGGUGUGUUUGUUUUUUCUGUAGCAUUUUGAGUUUUUUUAACUUAUAUUUACGUCUUCCUCUUGCCUGUUGUUCAUCUUUAGGUACGGAGUUUUCACCUUGCCUUCCUCAACAAAGGCUGAUGUCUUGAAAUAAACUAUUUGAUAUGUCCUGUGGAUAAUAAUUGCGUUGUUUGUAUUCUUAUCUUUCAGCUGUGCUUGAUGCAAUUCUGAGUUGGAAAGCUAGGCAGAGCAUGUCAUUCCCAGUUAAACUAAGAUACAUUCUGAAAGUUAUUUCAGCGGCCGCAUGGGUUGUUAUUUUACCUGUAACUUAUGCUUACACCUGGGAGAAUCCUUCUGGUCUUGCACGGACUAUCAAGUCUUGGGUUGGGAAUGGUCAACAUCAGCCUUCGUUGUACAUAUUGGCUGUAGUGAUAUAUUUGUCACCAAAUAUGUUAGCUGCAGUUCUGUUUAUUUUUCCCUUCCUCAGGCGAUACCUUGAACGAUCGAAUUAUAAAAUCAUAAUGCUUGUAAUGUGGUGGUCCCAGGUAUACCAAUCAAAACUAGUCCAUCUGGCUUUUGAUUUCCAAUCCGAAUGCUUUUGUCGCGCUAGCUAACUUAUGUGAUUCUAGUAAAAUGGAUCUGUUUUUCUUUUUGUUGACAGCCACGGCUCUAUGUUGGAAGAGGCAUGCAUGAAAGUGCAUUUUCACUUUUCAAGUAAGAGUACAGUUACAAUGCUGUGUAGAUUUGCAAAUUGAAUUGUUUGUCUGUGCCAUUUAAUAUUGUCGUUAUUUGGAUUACCAGGUACACACUGUUCUGGGUGCUGCUCCUGGCGACGAAGAUUGCAUUCAGUUAUUACGUUGAGGUAUUAAUCAUGUUACAUCUUCAGUAAUCUGUUAUAUAUAUGGUUUCUUGUGGCGGUGUUGGAUUGCAGUGCUUGCCUAUUUCAGUUACUUUAUUGGGGAGAAAGAUCAGUGUCGUGUGUUCUCUUUUCAGGUCUAUCUAUUUAGUACCUGCGCUUUUGUAUUAUUAACAUCUCCUUACAUUCUUAAUUGGGAGUGAGACUUGCUUGCUGGAUGAUAGCCUUAGAUAUUCCUGUCUGUUUAACUGCCUGGUUCAAAAAGACGGAGAGAAAGCACUUCCACUGAGAGAAGGGUAUAUUUAAGUUAUCGUGAUUAAAUAAUCUCCGGCAUCUACUAGUUCUUUUUUUGGCCACUAAUGUUUCUGAACCGUGUUUGCCAGUUUGGAACGCGUGACUAUGUAAUGCCUGCUGUAGUUUUCAUAGUUUUUUAAUGAAUUCUGAAUGAAUGCAGAUAAAGCCACUCGUGGGUCCGACAAAAGACAUCAUGAGAUAUCGUAUAACAACCUUUCAGUGGCAUGAGUUCUUUCCACGAGGUAUUUCAUGGUGAUAAGCGAUGAACUUUUCUAUGAGGGCAGAACCUGACAUUCUACUCAUACUUUUGCAGCCAAGAACAAUAUUGGCGUUGUGAUUGCCCUGUGGGCUCCUAUUAUUCUUGUAUGUCUUUAUUGCAGUUGUUCUCCUUUUAUGUUGUUCCUUUUUCAUUUUGUUUGUUUAAGUAAUUUUAUCUUGUGAUGGUCUGCAGGUCUAUUUUAUGGAUACUCAGAUCUGGUAUGCCAUUUUUUCGACCUUGCUUGGUGGCAUUUAUGGAGCUUGUCGGCGGCUUGGAGAGGUUACAAUUUGUUUACCUGGAUGCUUUCGAUAAUUCUGAGAAGCUUGAAGUAGUUUUCAUUUUGCUGCUGCAAAUUAGCAAAGACGUAUUUAGGUUUUCGCAUUAAUCUUUGAGAGUCUUAAUAAAUUAUGCUCUUUUACAGUUCUUAUAUGCUGUACCACAUUAACUUUUAUUGCUUUGGAAAAAAAAAAAAAGUACAUUUGUUGAAUGAAACUGAGUAUAUAUGGAAAUUGACUACCAUAUCCUUACUGAGAAACUAACAUUUUAAAAAUCCAGGUUCCUUGACUUUUGAUAAUUGAUCUACAUCAGUUGCGACUUGUUUUCCUUGUGUUUUUCUAUAUACUCUGGCGUUGUAUCUCAGAACUUUCAUCCAGAAUUUUUCCAUGUAAACUGGGAAAUCUACGAAUUAGAUAUUUCUCUUUUUUUGGCUCAUUAGACGACCAGGUAGUGUUCUUGAUUGUUUGUUGCUCUCUUGUCCACCUCCCAAAUUGUAGAUUCGAACUUUAGGACUGCUACGAUCCCGUUUUCAUUCACUUCCUGAGAAAUUCAAUGAACGUCUAGUUGCGGGUGAUGCAUCCAAGGUACGGAAAAAGAGAGGUCUGAAGGCUACUUUAUCCCGCAAUUUUUCCAAGGUACGGUUCCUUUUUUCCAUUUUCUAUGUGAGUAAAAUUUAAUCUCUUUUUGACUUGAUCUUUGGAGCGCUUCUGAUGUUGAUGUCUUGCCUGGGUUCACAGAUGCCGGAUGAUAAUAAAAAGAAUAAUGCGAAAUUUGCCCAACUAUGGAAUAAAAUAAUUACUAGUUUUCGCAAGGAGGAUCUGAUAGAUAACCGGUAAAACUGUGCACAUUUUUAUCUUUACUGAAUUGAGAUUAUUGCUAGCUAGGUUACCUAUGGCCUUUUCAAGUUUUUUCGUUGUGGAAUAUCCAGGGAGAGGGACUUGUUGCUGGUUCCAUAUUGGGCGGAUGGUGAUUUAGGCAUUAUUCAGUGGCCACCAUUCUUACUUGCAAGCAAGGUUUAUUUUAUGAUCAUCUUAUUCUCUCCGAUUGCCAAGUUAUGAUUGGCCUCUAAUUGUUUUUGGUCUUGUAUGUUUAGAUUCCAAUAGCAGUUGACAUGACGAAAGACAGCAAUGGGAAGGAGAAUGAACUGAUAAAGAGAAUACUUGCAGAUGACUACAUGCUUUAUGCUGUCCGUGAGUGCUAUGCAUCAUUUAGAAACAUUAUUAAACAUAUGGUUCGGGGUGACAAGGAGAGAGAGUAAGUAUUUCUUUUAACCGGUGAAUUCUUGGUUUUGCUCCCGUUUGUCUGUUGGCCCAUCUUUUUUACAUUCAUCUUCUAUUAACUGGUGCUUUUUUUUGUAGAUUAAUAAAUAGUAUUUUUGAGAUAGUUGAUGGUUUUAUAACCGAUGACGAGAUAACCAAGUUGAACUUGUGUGCACUUCACACUCUCUAUGAGAAAUUCGUGGAUCUAACCAACCUACUGGUCCGUUUCUUUACUUUACUUUCGUGUUUAUAUCUAUUGACAAUCAUUGACGCUUAUUUUAUUUUUUCUUCAUUUAAUGUGGCUGCAGUUGAAGAAUGAGCGUGAAGACGAGGAUCAGGUUGUCUUACUUUUCCAAGACAUGUUAGAGGUUACAACAAAAGACAUUGCGGAGGAACAUUUAUACAGGUAAGUUAUCUGAGGUCACUGGCCUUGUUGCAUCAUUGUUGUUAGGGUUAGUGUUGUCAUCGUAAUGUUCAACGUUGUAAUUGUUGCUUUGGUGUUCUUUCCUGGCAGUAUUUCUGAUUCAUACCACGGGGGAGCUUAUGGAACAGAAGACGUUACAACACUGUCUGGUCGACAGUUAUUUGCUUCGCAAGGGGCCCUGAUGUUUCCGCUAAAACAGUCUGAUGCUUGGACAGAGAAGGUAAAUCCUCGUCAGUAUAGUUUGUUUUUGCUUGGACUUUGGUCUUUUGAAUCUAACCCGUUCUUUUAUAUUUUUAUCUGCAGAUCAAAAGAAUUCACCUGCUCCUUACUGUCAAGGAAUCCGCGAUGGAUGUGCCAACUAAUUUGGAAGCUAGAAGAAGAAUUUCGUUCUUCACUAAUUCAUUGUUUAUGAAAAUGCCAGAGGCACCUGAAGUUAGGAGAAUGAUUUCUUUCUCGUAAGUUUUGGUGGUUUGAAUUCUACAUUCCGUCGGGGGCUUCUCUUGUGCUAAUUAGUUGUUUUUUGAUAAUGACUAUCCGAUUUAGCGAGAUGCGAAUAACCAAGGGUACAAGUAGGGACAUACGCGUUAAAAACAUGUAAGAUAGAUUUUGGUUAGGCCAUUAAUGAUGGCAUAUGGCUGACCGAACAUUUUCACUCUAAGGUUUUCUAGUUUGAAAUCCUCAAUAAUGCUUACGCUGAAAUCUUAAUUUCUUAUGUAUUCAUCAUUUAAUCCUCACCUGCCUUAUUAUGUCUGCGUCGUUCAGUCUUUUUCCCUCCACCAUCCUAUUACUCCAUUUCCUCACAUCUGUCUGCAGUUCCUUCGGUCUGUAUACCCAGACUUCAGAACUCAUCACUACCUAUGUUUAUCCCCACAGUGUCACCUACCAUUCUUUUCCAUCCUCUCUUAAUAUUCUUCUUCGACAAUACAGAAUCUAAUGCAGAAGAAAGUACCUUCCUUUCCGUUAUUAUUCAUUUUAUGAAUGCAAUUUCUAUAGAAGACUUAAGAAGAAAACUGGGGAAAUAGGGCAGGGGAGAAGAGAGGGGAGCAAGGCAGGUCUUACAUGCUCUUACGAAGAAUCAUGUGUCUGGUUUUGCUUUCACCAAGAUAUCCCUUUGUUAUUAUGGAAUGGUUUAGUGCCCGUAAUUUGUGCUAUUUCUAGUGUUUAAAUGAUCUAUGUUCCCUGUACUUUUUUAGUGUUCUGACCCCCUACUACGAAGAGGAGGUCCUUUUUUCUUCUGCUAAUCUCGAGGAGAAAAACGAAGAUGGUGUCUCAAUCCUGUUUUACUUGCAGAAGAUCUAUCCUGGUAUCCUUACUUUAUCCGUCAUAUUUUUUUGCCGAUUUUAGUUUGUUUUAUAUCCUGCUUGUGACAUUAAUCUUUCAUUAUAUGUAGAUGAAUGGAAUAAUUUUCUUGAACGAGUGGAUUGUAAAUCAGAGGAAGAACUUCGGAGCAGGGAUGAGCUGUCAGAAGAACUUCGUCUUUGGGCUUCGUAUAGGGGGCAGACUUUGACAAGAACAGGUAUGCUAUUCUGUCAGCUCUUUUCUAAUCUUGUUUGUCAGAUUAUGUUUAUUCUAUGUAAUUUACGCAUUUACUGUUAUAUUAUUAGUCAGAGGCAUGAUGUAUUAUCGCGAAGCUUUGGAGCUUCAGGCUUUUCUUGACGUGGCAAAUGAAAAAGGUACUGUUUUUCUAUUUCAUGUUGUUUAUCCGCAUUUAUUUAGAUGUUCUACCAUUUGUAUUUAUUUCUCGUUGUCAUUUUUCUUUAUCCAGAUUUUUCGGAAGGUUUCAAGGCAAUAGAGAUGCGCUCUGAAAAGGACACAAAAAAUGGAGACUCUUACUUGACUGAGUGUCAAGCGAUAGCUGAUAUGAAAUUCACAUAUGUGGUUUCCUGCCAGAAUUAUGGAAUUCACAAACGAAAGGGUGAUCCUCGUGCUCAGGACAUUUUAAAACUUAUGUCAAGGUAUGCCUUCGUGGUUUUGUUAUUGUUGUUGUAGAAGGGUAAAAUGUAAACAUUUUGUGAAAUCGGUAAAGUUGGUAGAAAUCAUGUAGUUUGGUAUCCUUAAUUUAGACUGAACUUAUUUACUUCAUUGGCGCUCUUGUAGUUUGGUGACUAAAACAUGGAUUUGUUGUCCAUUUAUAAUCUUGUUGUGAUAUCUUCUGUUGUGAAUGCGCGUAUAAUCUGGAGCUGUGGAUUUUGAUUUAUGCAUCUGACUACCAUUUUUAUGUGAUGAACUUUUGAUAAUUUCGGGUACACUAAGAAUUUGAUGAAUAUUCCAGAUAUCCAUCACUUCGUGUUGCAUAUAUUGAUGAAGUUGAGAUACCGAAGAAUGAUAGACCCAAAGUGUUCGAAAAACUGUAUUAUUCUACUUUGACAAAAGCUGCUUUGGCGAAACCUGGUGAUAUUGGUGAAUCUGUUCAAAAUCUCGAUGAGGUAAUUACAUUUUUUAUCCCUGCAUUUCAUUAUUCCAUUAUGAGUUAAUUUCUUAUGUGUAUGGUCGGCAAUUACUGAGAAUUUUCAUGCUUCAGUUAUUAGUUGUAGUAAAGUAGUGCACUGACAAAAAGGUUGAGGAUUUAUAUAUAUGUCAUCGUUUGGCUGCUAAGUUUGUGUGUUGCCCAGAAUGUGCAGAAAAUAUCUGAAUCACUAGGCACCCAGCCAUUUUUAGGAUGGCUGAUUUUAAUCUGUAAAUGGAGGCCUAACAUAUACCUUGGUCUUCCCUUAAGAAAAAUGGUGUUGUGCUUCAGUCCCCAUCAAACUGCAUCUAAUUAUUUUCUUCAUAAAGGAGUCGCCUUUUGCUCAUUUUUUUGUAUAUUUUACGCUCUUAUCUAUGAGGUGAUAGUUUACAUAUCUAAUUCAUCAAGAUUCUUGUUUGAUUUGAUGUACUUUUGCAGAAAGAUGUCUACAGAGUUUGUAACAGAGCAUAAUUUUAUGUGUAGGUUAUAUAUCGGGUUAAGCUACCAGGUCCUGCCAUUUUAGGUGAAGGGAAGCCGGAAAACCAGAACCAUGCUAUCAUUUUUACCCGAGGUGAAGGUCUACAAACGAUUGACAUGAAUCAGGUAAAGCUUGUUCUUCAAAUUCUAUUGUCACGCCUCCUGUCUCCCUCUCUCUCUCUCGCUCUCCCUAUCUGGGGGACAUGCACGAGCUCCAUCCAGGCAAACUGCCCAUCAAUGUGACGACUUUUUGUUGACGAUGACGGUGUAUACCUCGUACAGGAUAAUUAUAUGGAGGAAGCUUUCAAGAUAAGAAAUUUGCUUCAAGAGUUCCUCAAAAAGAACAAUGAUGCGAUGCUUCCUUCAAUUCUUGGUGUUCGUGAGCAUAUAUUUACUGGGAGGUAUGGUAAUUCAUGGAACGUUGUAGGAAGUUGUUUUCUCAGUUGAUGAUUGCACUGUUAAGUAAUUCGACGCUAACGAAUGUUGUAUUUGUGUCAGUGUUUCAUCUCUUGCAUGGUUUAUGUCAAACCAGGAGACCAGUUUUGUGACCAUUGGACAGCGGUUGCUUGCCAAUCCUUUAAAGUAAGAUACCUGACCAAACUGUCACUGUAGCUAUCCUGUUUGUUGUAUUAAGUGGAUUGCAGAAAUCUAAAUAAUAGGCUGAAAUCGUAGAUAUCCACUUAUUUAUAUUUACCCUUCUAUUGUUAAAUUAAAAUAUUUUCCAUUUCCUACUUUGUUCACAUUUGAGUUGGGAAAGUAGGAUACGAAAUUGUUGUUCUUGGGGUGCACACUUAUUAACACCCUUGUUUUACAGUUUUUCAGUGCCCUCCUUGUAAUUUUUUUGCGUUAAUUAAAAAAACUGAGGCAAAACUAUACAUUUGACAAACCCAAGGUUUAUGAAUGGGAUGCGUGGCUUAUUCUCUGCUUGUUGGGGCUGGCUCAUGAACAUAGGUAGUUGAUCACCAAUCUUCACUUGUGAACAGGGUACGAUUUCACUACGGGCACCCGGAUGUAUUUGAUAGAUUGUUCCACUUAACAAGAGGAGGUGUUAGUAAAGCUUCAAAAGUCAUCAAUCUAAGUGAAGACAUAUUCGCAGGCACGUUCUCUGCCUUAUUACCCUUUACUCUUUGGUUUUGCUGGGUUCACUCUCUCUAUUUAGAUUGUAUUUUAUAUGUUUCUGAGUUAACUCCGCAGGCUUCAACUCAACUCUGCGUGAAGGAAAUGUCACUCACCAUGAGUACAUGCAAGUUGGUAAGGGUAGAGAUGUUGGCCUUAACCAGAUCUCACAAUUUGAGGCCAAAAUAGCCAACGGCAACGGUGAACAGACCUUAAGUCGGGACAUAUAUCGUCUAGGGCAUCGUUUUGAUUUCUUUCGGAUGAUGUCUUGUUACUUCACCACAGUUGGGUUCUACUUCAGUACCUUGGUAUGAUUUGUUCCUUUCAACCUCUAUCAGUUUAACAAUUUCUUUGAUGGUAGCCAUCCAACUCGCCUCUUCCUGUCAACUUUCAGAUAACCGUUCUUACAGUGUAUGUAUUUCUGUAUGGGCGCCUCUAUCUCGUCCUUAGUGGCCUCGAAGAAGGAUUAGCAAGUGGCAGGAGAUUUGUUCAUAAUGAACCUCUUCAAGUUGCUCUUGCUUCUCAGUCAUUUGUGCAGCUCGGAUUCUUGAUGGCGCUCCCUAUGAUGAUGGAGAUUGGCUUGGAGAAGGGCUUCCGCACAGCACUGAGUGAAUUUGUUCUGAUGCAACUGCAACUGGCUUCAGUGUUCUUUACCUUCUCCUUGGGGACCAAAACCCAUUACUAUGGACGAACAUUGCUUCAUGGUGGUGCAGAAUACAGGGCCACAGGCCGUGGAUUUGUCGUGUUCCACGCCAAGUUUGCAGAUAACUACAGGUUUUAUUCGCGCAGCCAUUUCGUCAAAGGGCUUGAAUUGAUGAUACUACUCAUUGUAUACCAGAUAUUUGGCCAAUCAUAUAAGAGUUCAGCUGCAUACAUCUUCAUUACUGUUUCUAUGUGGUUCAUGGUUGGGACCUGGCUGUUUGCCCCUUUCCUCUUCAACCCUUCAGGGUUUGAAUGGCAGAAAAUAGUUGAGGACUGGACCGACUGGAAUAAAUGGAUCAGCAACCGUGGUGGCAUUGGCGUCUCCCCAGAGAAAAGUUGGGAGUCAUGGUGGGAGAAGGAGCAAGAACACCUCAAGUAUACAGGGAAGCGUGGAAGACUAACUGAGGUUGUCUUGGCUCUGCGCUUCUUUAUCUACCAAUAUGGGCUCGUGUACCACUUGAACAUCACCAGGAACACGAAGAGUGUGCUGGUAACUUCCCCUCUUUCAUGCCCAGGGGAUUAAACAUGUCCGUUUGUUUUAUGGACUGAUGCUGACGGCCCCAUUGACAUUCUUCAGGUUUAUGGAGUUUCUUGGUUGGUGAUCAUCUCCAUGCUCGUCGUGAUGAAGGUAAGGGGGAGCCUGCAAGAGAUUGAAACUGUUUUCUAUAGUUUUGUUAUGAUUUUGCUUAUUACGUUCCUUCAUUGUGUGCUAGCAGAAAGAUCUAACACCCAAAGUCGUGUGAAUGCCAUUCCAGUGGAAUGGAUACGCCUGAAAAUUAUCAAAGUCAACAGACAGAGUCUGAUAGUUGAAAAGUUGCAAGAUCAUACAUUUUUUUUUUUUUUAUGUUAAUUGACGAGGAGCGGGCCGAUUUUUCCAUGAUUGGUGGGGGUUGAUUUUCUCCGAACUGAGCUUCGAGGGUUUGUUUCUUCUUGCUUGUGCGCCUAGCUUUUCUAAAGGAAGAGUUGACUUAAACCGGCUGUUCCCCACCCAGAUUGUGGAAGAUCGCUAUAGAAUAAUUAUAAUAAUAAUAAUAAUAAUAAGAAUCUCACACUCUGUCUGUUGACUUUGAUAAUUCAGGCGGUAUCUUUCGGGAGGAUGAGGUUCAGCGCGGACCAUCAGCUCGUCUUCCGCCUAAUCAAGGGGCUGAUCUUCUUGACGUUCUUGGCGAUCCUCAUCAUCCUCAUCGCGGUCGCCGGCAUGACCUUUCAGGACAUCAUCGUCUGCAUCCUCGCCUUCAUGCCCACCGGGUGGGGCCUACUUCUGGUAAGUCAACCCUCCCCCACUCCCUCCUCCGCACCUUUCUUUUUUAAUUUCUCCAAACAACAGGCCGCGCCGAUUGCUUCCACCAACUUUCUUUCAUUGACUUUCUUCCCUUGCCUGUUAUCUCACCGUUGACUUCCCCCUCCUCUCAGAUCGCCCAGGCCGUCAAGCCCGUGGUCCAUAGAGCGGGCAUCUGGGGAUCUGUGCGGGCCCUUGGCCGUGGCUACGAGAUUGUCAUGGGGCUCCUCCUCUUCACCCCCAUCGCCGUCCUGGCGUGGUUCCCCUUCGUCUCCGAGUUCCAGACCCGGAUGCUCUUCAACCAGGCCUUCAGCAGGGGCCUGCAAAUCUCCCGCAUUCUCGGAGGCCACAGGAAGGACCGCUCCUCUCGCCACAAGGAGUAG